GUGAUUUCAUUUGCUCUCAGCUUCUCACCUGGCAGGUGUUCAGAGCUGCUACAGAGUGAAUUCUUCUCCUCGUCAUGAGGGCACAGCUCAUUUUCCUGCUCCUCUACUCAGGAGUGUUGGGCUUCGGUGUUGUAUGUUCAGCACAGCAGAAUGGAGGCUGCGACAACUUUACACAACACAACUGCACUGCUAGUCCUGACCCCACAGCUGCCUUCCUGAUGUGUGUGGGUGUCCCAGAAGGCCCUGGGGCAGGACAGCAGCACAUUCUCAAUCUGAAAGGCCUGAUUGACGCUACGCUCGACAUCUACUCCUUUCUGCGUUCCUCUCUGAGUGGCGUUCCUGUAUUAAACAUAUCCGGGGAGUUCAGUGUAAAUUGGGCGUCUCUGCUGCAGGACGAUGACUUCAUUCGGUUUUGGCUCCAGGUCAGACUGACCCCUCUGCUCUCGUCCAUCUCUCAGAACUUCCUCACCUGCCUGAGCAACUCCAACUUCAGCUGCAGCACCUACAGCACCAUGGUGCAGGAGCUGAGUCAGCAUUUCUCCGGUUUGGAUCCCGAAAGGCAGAAAUGGAUCUAUUCGUUCUUCAUGUACCCGUUCCUCUCCAGAAACACAUCCGCAGGUUGUGUCGAUCCUGGUCUCAGCAGUGAGGACUGGCUGAUAAAGAACUUCGGCUCAUUCUCGGUUCUGGCCCGGAUCAGGGACUUCACCUCCAUCAACCUGCUCUUCAAUGGGAUGGAGGUGCUGCACCUUUUGAGUCCAGAGCAGAAGGCUGAGCUUAUACUCAACCCCGAGCUGGCCAAUCUGCACAACGACUCCCUCGGUGUGGUGUUAGACAGCCUGCUGACCUCUGUGAUGACCCCUAAUGGGAGCGUGACCUCACCGCCCAAUGGUAGCGUGUGGUUACCCCCCAUAUACCCCCCCUCCGUACAGGAUCCAGUCACACAGGUUAUGAACGACUUCAUGACGGCGUUUAAACCGGUUGGAAGUUUCGUCAGAGAGUUCGUCUCCCUCACACACCAGCCUGACCUGUCCAGCAUGAGCAGAGCUACGUUUGUCCAGGCCAUGCUGAACUGGACUCUAGCAGAACUAGCCGCUCCAUAUAAACAGAACGGCAGCAAUGAUGUGGUGGCGUUCGACCCGACGGACGUUAACGCCUGGUUCUCGCACGUCGUGGCUCCGGUACUGAGGAGGUUCCUCCCUGGAGAGAUUCCGAGUGACAUCACUGAAGUCUUCCACAGCUUAUUCUAUAUUGAGAUGAGUGGGAACAGCAACGAUCAGGAUUUGUGCAAAAUCACUCUCGAAGAGCCAGAAUGCGCUGUGAAUAACAUGAUGCAGCACGUAGCGAAGAUUCUGCACUGUGCAGCCAGCACUAACCUCACGCUCACCUCCGAAACACUGGACAGCCUUGCACUUCAACUGACCACCAGCCUCAACACGCUCCUGAACCAACUCGCCAUGACUAACUUCAGCGCUCCAGAUUCACCCUUCAUCCACAUCCUGGACCGUCUCCAUGACCUGUCCCCGUACAACCUGCAGGACGAGCAGUUUAUCAGCAUGUGGUUCCAGAUCAAACUGAAGCCUCGUUUAUCCACCCUGACGCCUGACUACCUGCUCUGCCUCAGCGCCAAGCCGUUCAGCUGCCAGACCUACCAGAUACUUGUGAGGGAGAUGAGUAACAACAUGUUCCUGAUGUCGGAGAGUGGCCCUUUCCUGGUUUACUACGAUUUCAUCACACCGUUCCUGUCUGGACAGAUCGAAACAGGCGCCUGCAUGACAAACAGCAGCUCUGAGUGGAUCCGGAUGAACCUGGCUGGAUUCUCCGCCUGGGCCCCUCUGAGAGACCUGUACCUGCUCAGCAGAGACUUUAACGCUCUGGAGGCUUUAGACGUCCUCACCCCGAGACAGACAGCCGAGCUGAUCGUGGAGAACCUCCCUCACCUUCCAGAGAAGAAGCAGGUCAUCGACAUCGUCUUCGACUUCUUACUGGGGGCACCAGUGCAGAGGAACCUGCCUGAAGUGCUCUUUAACCUCACUGGCCUCCUCGAACUGGAGCGACUGGAGUGCUCAUACAUCCAGCAAAUAGCGCAGAGGUUGUACGCUGCUGUGGUUCCUAUGGAGAUGAAGCAGAUCAUACAGGACACCAUCGACAGUCUGGGCCUAAUCGCACCUGCAGAUUGUUUGCUGCUGCCGCCUGCAACAUGUCUGUCUAUCCAAGUCAAUGAAUCUGUUAUCUGUGCUGGAGUUAACAGUACUGGACUGUUGGCUCAGAUGAACAUCAGCUGUGUGACCAGUGUGGCGGAGCUCGCCUGCUCACAGGUGACUGGACUGACCGCCGACGGCCUGGCGAAGCUGCUGAACUGUUCACUGUCCAACAAUGUCACAUACUCUAAAGAGAUAUGGAAACUGCUCUUCACUAAAGCUGAUGGAGUCCUGACCCAAGCCCUCAACAUCUUCUCCAGCAACAUGGUUUUCCCGAUCAGAGGCGUGUCUGCGUCCAACAUUCUGGAUGCGAUUGUGGAUGUUCGACUGGGGCAGUUCACUCCUAACAGUUAUUACAGCGUUGAUUUUAUUAAAUACCUGUUCAGCCAUGAACUGAGGCCGUUCCUGCCGUCCGCUUCUAGAGAUCUGCUCUACUGCAUCAGCAGCAAGAACUUCAGCUGCCAAGCAUACCAGCUGAUCGUGAUGGAGUUCGGUGAUCCGAUCCUCUUCCUAGACGAGGCAGAGAAGCUGAGAGUGCUGAAAGAUUUCAUCCUGCCUUUCCUGACCAAGAACAGCACAGAUCCAGCCUGUGUUUCCAGCACUAACAGCAGUGUUGAGUGGCUGCUGAGGAACUUUGGGCCGUUUGCUGAGUUAAUGAACCUCAGACAGCUGAUCUCACUGAACCCCCACUUUAAUCCGCUGCUGGCUCUGCCGUAUCUGACUCCGCUCCAAACAGCAGAGCUGAUAGUGGAGGAUCUUCCUACUCUUCCAGAUAAAGAGUCCACCAUCAACAGCGUCUUUGACUUCCUGCUUCAGUCAUCAUGGCAACACAGACUUCCUGAAGUUCUACAGGACAUCCUCAUGAUGCGCGUGAUGCCCUGCAGCUCCUACACUGUGAUCUCCCGGAGGCUGUUCUGGGCUUUAGCGCUCGUUUCUCAGGAUUCAGAGCCCGAGAUUUUCCGUUUAGUGACGCUGCUGGAGCAACUCGCCCCUCAACAUUGUCCGAUGACUCCACUUCCUACUUGCUUCGUCACGACUGUUAACGAGAGUCAGAUCUGCGAGGGGGUCAGCAGACCUUCUAGUGAGGAGCUCCUGAAGGAACUGCACAACGGCUCCUGUGUUUUCAGAUUAGAGCAGUACGCCUGCUCUCGGCUGGAUGGAUUCAGCAGUAAAGACCUGGCUUCACUUCUGCGCUGCAGUCUGUACAACAACGUUAUUUAUCCAAACGCCGUGUGGAAGCUGCUGUUUAUGAAAGAAGACAACAUCCUGAAUCAGGCUCUGCUCAUCUUCUCCAACAUGGCGGGGAACCAGUCUCUGCCCAUCAGAGGUGCUGCUGUAUCUAACGUUCUGGACGUGAUUGGUGAAGUUCGGAUGGAGCAGUUCACUCCUCAACAGUGGAAUGAUGCAGCUUUCAUCAGCAGGUUCUUCAGGGAGAACCUGAGGCCGUAUCUGUCGUCCGUGUCCAGAAACUUUCUCUCCUGUUUAAUGACCAAGAACCUCAGCUGCCAAACCUUCCAGGACAUUCUGCAGGAGUUCAGUUCUGAGUCCAUCUACAUGGAUGCUGUCAAUCAUGAGAGAGAGAACGUCCUCAACGACUUCAUCCUGCCUUUCAUGCACAGGAAUACUAGAGAUCCAGGCUGUGUUUCCAGCACUAACAACAGUGUUGAGUGGCUCCUGAGGAACUUUGGGCCAUUUGCUGAGUUCCUGUCCCUCAGAGACCUGAUCUCACUCAACCCCCACUUUAAUCCAGUUCUGGCAUUGCCCUAUCUCACGCCACUGCAGACUGCAGAGCUGAUGGUGCUGGACGUUCCUGGAAUUCCGAAUGAUUAUGCCAUUAACUCAGUGUUUAAUUUCCUGAUCGAGUCUCCAGGAGCCCACAGAAUGUCUGAUGUUCUGAGUUCCCUCUUUUAUCUCUCUCCCACGGUCACCAUACAAUGCACCUCCUAUAAACUUAUUUUCAUGCGGCUGCUCGAGGCUCUGCAGUCUGUACCUUCAGAUAUUCAUCCAGUGAUCUGGGGCAGCAUCAAUGAUCUGAUGCAGACGUCUCCAAAAGAGUGUUUGCCAGCUGCUCUGAAGUGUCCAGUCACAGCGUAUAAUGAAUCUCAGAUGUGCCAAGGUGUUGACAGCUCUGCGGUGCAGACUCUCAUCACCACCGGGGGCUCUGCUGAGUCAUGGUGCAGAAUUAGCCUUCAAAACUACUCAUGUGCUAAUCUGGACAGACUAACUGCGCUCCAGCUCUCCACUCUGCUGCAGUGUCAACUCACCAGCAAUGAGGUUUAUUCUAAAGAAGUCUGGAAGCUGUUCUUCUCUAAAGUCUCCGGUGUUCUGGAUAACGCCCUCGUUCUGCUGUUCAGAAAGACCGUCUCUGUGAAUGGACCGAAUGCUCCAGUGGUUCUGGAGGUUCUUGCUGAGCUUCGACUGGGCCAGUUCACGCCGGAUCAGUGGGCCAGUGGACAAGUGGUCUCUACCUGGCUGAAGGACCACCUCGCACCUUUCUUACCUUCAGUAUCUGGAAUCUUCCUCUACUGUCUCAGCAGCAACAAUCUCACCUGCCAGUCCUACCAGAACAUCCUGGCCGUGUUCAAUGAUGAGUUCUCUGCAAUGGAUGGAGCGAGAACAGAACUGGUGCUGAAGUAUUUUAUCGAACCAAUCCUGACCAGCAACUCCACAGGCGGCUGCAUUUCCUACAACAGUACUGAGUGGUUGUUGAGGAACUUUGGGCUGUUUUCACAGUUUGUCACUCUGAAACAGCUGAUGAGCAUCAAUAGGAACUUCAACCCACUGCUGGCUCUGCCGUAUCUGACUCCACUCCAAACAGCAGAGCUGAUGGUGGAGGAUCUUACUGGACUUCCAAAUAAACCCACCAUCAUCAACACAGUGUUCGACUUCCUGCUUCAGCCACCAUGGCGAUACAGGCUUCCUGAGGUUCUGCAGGAGCUGUCUGUCCUGGCUGGAACGAUGCCUCUGAGUUGUGUGAUUUACCAAACAAUCUUUUCACGGCUGGAGGGUAUACUGACAUCAUCACCUGGUGACCUGGAGCCGGUGAUCUGGGCGAGCGUGUAUGACCUCACACCCAAAGCACCGGCAGGAUGUCCUCUGUUCCCACUGAAUCAGCAGUGUCCAGCUUCUCCAUUCAGUGUGACGGCGGUGUGCCAGGGAAAUCAGAGCAUCUUCAUGCAGCAGUAUGUUGGCAAUGGAACCCUGACAGUGCCAUGUGACCUCCCCAUCCCAGAAUAUGCUUGUGCAAAGUCGCUGAACAUCAGUUCUGAUGAGUUGGUGUGCAUCUUGGAGAACACCUUGAAGAAUGAUAGUUCCUUCGACACAGUGGAGGCAUGGAAACUGUUCCUGACCAGAGGGUCAAACCAGCUGGACUCAGCCCUGCUCAAGCUGUCCAGCCAGGCGGCGUGGUACUCCACUGCACAGGCCUCUAAUUUCCUGAAUGCUGUUCGGGAGCUCCGAUUGGACAGAUUCAGUGCAGACGAGCUGGUGAAUAACAGCUUCAUUAGUCUGUGGUUUGGUGGACUUCUCCGCCCAGUGCUGCCCUCUGCCUCCGCUACAUUCCUCAUCUGCAUGAGCAGCAGGAACUUCUCCUGCCAGACCUUCCAGACCAUUGUCCAAGUUUUCAACAAUGACUUCUCCAGCUUGAACUCAUUCCAGUUGUGGAUGGUGACGAAUCAAUUCAUAUUGAAUUUCCUCUCGAGAGAACGAGCAGAGUCGGCGUGUGUGUCGAACAACAGCGCCCAGUGGCUGAUUAAGAACUUCGGAAACUUCUCAUCUCUCAUGUCUCUCUCACAGAUCUUACAUCUGAACCCACAGUUCAAUCCAUUGGAGGUUCUGUCGUAUCUCUCUCCAUUUCAAAUUGUGGAGCUGUUCUUCUUUGAUCUUCCUGGACUGCCGGCGAAGGAAGUGAUCAUCAACGCAGUGUUUGAUUUCCUGACAGCGUCAUCGCGGGAAUAUCAACUAGCCGAAACCCUGGAUUACCUUUCCUACUUCAUCGAUGCUGUUCAUCCUAACGUCUCCUGCUCGUCGUACAGAAUCAUUUUCCGCCGGUUGGAUUACCUCUUCCCCAACGUUCCGAUGGAUUUGGAGUACAUGAUUGUGCACACUAAAUCGAUCCUGCUGAAAAACGUCCCUGCUGGUUGUGUUAUCUACAGUGGGGAGUGCAACACCACUCUCGUCAACGGGAGCGCAGUGUGUAGCGGCGUUGACGGUUCUGCGCUGAUGAACUACCUACUGGGUCCACGUAACAGCAGUCAGCUCUGCAGCUUCAGUAUUACACAGUACGCCUGUGCAGAGUUGAUAGGUUUGACCCCGGAGGAUUUGGUGACGGUGUUGAUGUGUAAUCUCCAUGGUAACAGCACGGUGUCAGACGAGACCUGGAAGCUCUUCAUCACAAAUGUCAACCCCGUCCUCGGCCCCGCCCUCGACCUGUUUACAAACACGACCCUGCCCUGGUCCCGCCCCCUGGUGGUUGUGCUGGAUAUGAUUGGUGAAGUGACGUUAGGCACGUUCAGCUCAUCCAAUUACAGGAACAGUUCGUUUAUUCAGCGCUGGAUCCAGACGAGGCUCCGCCCCUUUUUACCUUACGCCUCACCUCGCUUCCUGUCCUGCCUGGCCAGCAAGGACUUCAGCUGUGCCUCCUUCCAGAGCGUUGUUAAGAUUUUCAGUCAGCAGUUUUCUGCCAUGUCCCGCGACACUAAUAUAUACAUCUGGAUCGACUUCAUCCAGGUCUUCCUCUCCCUCAACCAGACUGCAGGCUGUUCUGCUGGAAUGAGUAGCUCUGAUUGGCUGAGCAUGAAUUUCGGGCCUUUCUCUGCCUUCGCGUCUCUCACUGCCCUUCAGAGACUCAACCCCAACUUCAAGCCGCUGGAUGUUCUGGACAGAUUAACUCUGGGUCAGUUGGCUCAGGUGGCCAGCUCACCUGGUCUGCUCAGCACCCCUGCUCAGGUGGACCCGCUGAUGAAGUAUGUCCCAGAUUCUGAGCUUUCUGUGUUCUUCUCCACUCUGUCUGCAGCACUGAGUUCUCAGGGUGGGCAGCUCACUGUCGAGGUCAAGCAAGCUUUCCUGCAGCAGGUGUUAGACAGGGCGAACCUGACGGACCCUGCAGUGCCAGAUGCUCAGGUGCAGGUUUGGAUCAGUACCAACCUGCCCCCAUUCAUAUCAGCCAUCACACCUGCUCAGGUUCUCCAGUACUUCAGGAUCGUGCAGAGCAGAACCUGCCAGAUCAGCCAGCAGGCGGUGGCGCUGCUGAAUUCCUCCUACUCCAGUUUCAGUACUAAGACACGGGAGGCCAUCUACAGUCAGAUCUUCACCUCACUCCAAGUCCCUGAGCCACUGCGCUGCUAUCUUAGUGGGAGUUUCUACUCAUAUCUGCAGUCGUCCUUCAUGAGUUUCCAGUUCCCUUCACUCCCUGACUUCCUGUCCCUCAUGCCUCCCGCCCGUCUACCAGAGCUGCUGAACUCCAUUUCUACAGCUGAGCUCUACAGCUUCCUCAGUCGAACCAGCACCAUCAACAACCAGACACAGCUCUGUGAGAUCUUCAACAACUACCAGAGGACGCCAGAGUACCUGCAGAACGAGCCAGUUGUAUCUGCAGCUGUGGGCAGACAGACGUUGGGGUGCGUUUGGUCUCGUGCUCUCAGCGCCUCGUCUCAGGAUGAGGUGGCUCAGUGGUUUAAUGUCAGACUGGCUCAGUACCUGCCCUUCCUCAGCUCUCAGCUCAUCAGCCCCACCCAGCUCAGUGGUGCCUCCUGCCUUGCCUUCCGCAAGUUUGUGUCAGUGAUGGGGAACUAUAACUACAACAGUGUAGAUUUCACCCAGCAGGACGUCUACAACACCAUCCAGGCUUACCUGAGUACAGGCUCCACCCCCAAAUGCUACAACUCCUCAGACCCAGUGCUGAGCUCCACCUCCUGGUUCGUGGACUACAUUGGGGUCUUCAUCACCUUCAUCAGCGUUAAUGACCUGGUGAUGUUUGGAGGCACAGCGCUGGAGAUCUUUACAGUGGACCUGAAGAAUCUGCAGCUCUUCAGCGAAUUCUCCGUCCCUUCCAACGUCACGGCGUUGUACGUGCAGCUGCUGUACGAGUUCAGCCCCUCCUUCAGCGCCACCCUGCUGCCCCCACUCUUCCGCUGCUCUGCACCUGCCGCUGCGUUUAUGGCCCUCAACAGCAGUCAAGCAACGAGCAUUGCAGAAUCACUGAAGCUGCUCUGCACUGACAUAGACCCCACUGUAUCUGCUGCUCUGGCGCAGAACGUGGGUUCUCUAACGAAUUCGUCUAUCACGGCUCUGGGGAACUCCAGCGUUGGCCUGAGCACCGGUCAGAUCACCAACACCCCCCCAUCUGUCCUCUUGUCCUCCCUCAGUAUCCUCAGCAGUGUGGUGGGCUGGAGUCAAGGUCAAGCCAUGGUCAUCAUCCAAACCCUGCUCUCCUCGGGAUUCUACAAGAUCUCCUCCUCUGACUCGUUGCUGAAAUUGGGGACGUUAGUGAGCGGCCUCCCCUCCACCAUCUUCUACACCGUUGAUCCACGUACGCUCAUGACUGUCAUCCAAUCACAGAGCUUCGUGACCAACAUCAUCACAGCACCCACCGUGGUCCAGCAGAGCAUCGUCAACCAGAUCAUCACUGUGAACGCUUCUUCUGACGCUGUUGUGAACAACAUUCCGAACUCAAUGGCCACUCUGAUUCCCAGGAAUUCCCUGCUGACUCUGUCCCAGUCUUCGGCUACUGUUCUCAAUCAGAAACAGUGGAAAUACGAGCAGGCAAUGCUGUUCUUCGACACGGUGGCCGGAGUAAUCGCAGACGAAAACAC